GCAUAUAGAGUGUCACAUCAUUCUGGAGGUGACACCUCUCAGUUUUCUUUCACACUAACUGUUCUAGAGAGCACUGGCUGCAACCACAUCGGGAGGCUGAUGCUCCAUGACAGCUAAAAGUUGGAUUGAGUUUCAGGAGCUACUAUAUAUAAAGCUGGGGCGACUUAUGUCACCGCACUAAUUAAAUGCCAUCUGGGUGGUUCCUCUGGGUUUUUGAGCCCAUCACCCAGCUCAGACGGAGUCAGAGGCCAAGGAGGAGAACAUGAUGAUGGACCUUUUUGAAACUGGCUCCUAUUUCUUUUACUUGGACGGGGAAAAUGUUACCCUACAGCCAUUAGAAGUGGCAGAGGGCUCUCCUUUGUACCCAGGGAGUGAUGGUACCCUAUCCCCCUGCCAGGACCAAAUGCCCCCAGAAGCCGGGAGCGACAGCAGCGGAGAGGAACAUGUCCUGGCGCCCCCAGGCCUACAGCCUCCCCACUGUCCCGGCCAAUGUCUGAUCUGGGCUUGUAAGACCUGCAAGAGAAAAUCUGCCCCCACCGACAGACGGAAAGCCGCCACCCUGCGCGAGAGGAGACGGCUAAAGAAAAUCAACGAGGCCUUCGAGGCGCUCAAGCGGCGGACUGUGGCCAACCCCAACCAGAGGCUGCCCAAGGUGGAGAUUCUGCGGAGCGCCAUCAACUACAUUGAGCGGCUGCAGGACCUGCUGCACCGGCUGGAUCAGCAGGAGAAAAUGCAGGAGCUAGGGGUAGACCCCUUCAACUACAGACCCAAGCAAGAGAAUCUUGAGGGUGCGGAUUUCCUGCGCACCUGCAGCUCCCAGUGGCCAAGUGUUUCGGAUCAUUCCAGGGGGCUCGUAAUAACUGCAAAGGAAGGAGGGGCAAGCAUUGAUUCGUCGGCCUCGAGCAGCCUUCGGUGCCUUUCUUCCAUCGUGGACAGUAUUUCCUCGGAGGAGCGCAAACUCCCCUGCGUGGAAGAGGUGGUGGAGAAGUAACUCGAGAUGAUGUUCGUUCUGGAUGUUCAGCGCAGCAGGAAGAUCCCACCCUCCCUCCUUCGCCUAAUCCUUUGGAUUAGGUCACGUUACAUUAAUGUUUAGGAACCCAGACCCAGGAGUUUAUGAAAGGGAAGGAGAGAGUCACAAAAAAACUUCUCGGAAACUGUUGUGUAGGCUCAGAUGUAAAAGCCUUUUGGCUUUAGGCUUUAAUUUUCUUGGGACAGCGAGUGGUUUAGGUCUAGCAGCCUUACUUUGUUUUCUGUUUGGUUGGUUUUGUACUAUAUUUACUUUUAUCACGGUGUUUCUUUGUGCCAUGAUCAAAAGUUCAUUCCUGUCUAAAACAAAGUGGGAACGUUUAAUAUAACUGUUAGUAGCAUUGAAUGUAUUUUUGUAAAUAAUCUUAGUACUUUCAUUUUAUAUGUAAACCUAAGAAAUAUAUUUUAACUGUAAAGUGACAGACUUAUUGUAUAUACAAUGUGAGAGGAUCCUGGUAUUGUAAUACUAAAAAAUAAAUUUCUAUAUGAAUAAA